AACUUCAUCUACUGGUAGUUCACCCCAAGCGCCACCUCCACCCCCGCCCAUGAAACGUACUUCACGACGGCAACCCCACCUGCCUGGUCGCGAUGAGCGUCCGGCAGAGGGUCUUUAUCCAUCGAGAUCCAUGAUAYCACACAACAAUUAUCAUAUGAGCUCUAGUGCUGCGGUCGCUAGUGCAGACACAACCGCUGCGGGUGCCAUUUCUGCUGCUCUCCACGCCGGGAAUCAAUCUUCUGCUGCCGAGAAAAAGAAGCUCAAGCCAGUAACAACAAAGAAAAUCAUCCACACCAAACAUAAAAUAACGACGACGAGGAUGGGUUUUACAGAUGCCGAAAGCAUUGCGAACGAAAAUUCAGAAAAGAAUCAGAAGAAGGGUCGUUCACGAAAACCCCGUCGGAUCAUUCCGAACGAGAAGGAGUACAUCCCAGAAGACGAGCAGCCAACCGCGAGAGACAUUGUUGGAGGUCGAGGGGGUGAGUGAGAUACCUUCUCUGUUUGUCUUCUCUCCUCUGCUGUUCAUUAUCUUUCCUCUUGGUUUUUAUUGUAGGAAUCGUUUCUUCGUUGUGACCACUGCGUAUGAUUGUUUCUUCCGUUCAUUACUAAAGAAAUGUGCUUGCCUUGACACUUGAUCAACAACCAAGGACGUUCGAAUCACCAUCCGGGGAAUCGUCCAUAUUGGGUUCGGAUUUUGGAGUCUCGAGCAGAAUACACAAAUUGUCGCAGUGGUACGUACGCAAACCAUCAAGUUGCUGCUGGCAGCAUUGCAACAGACUCAGACAAAUAAUAGUGAUUUCAUCUUGUACUGAAAGAAGAAUUUUUGCUCGUCUCUUUGUUGAAUUCACUUCUCGCAAUUGUUUUUAAAAACAGAUCUCGAUAAAUCCAGAAUCGCAAAUGGGAUUCUAAUGUAUGUCAAGCAGACAUUGAGAGGGAGAUUCUUGAACAUUGAUAGCAAAAGCAAGCGUUGGUUCAUCCUGCCUGAUACAGUUGUGUUGGACAAAGUAAAACAAGCUUUAAGAGAUAAGUAUGUUCCGUAUUGGGCAAGAGAUCUUAAAAUCGAAGACAAAGUACACAGCAACAUAUCUCCCAUGAUGGCGACGGUGAACGCCAUGAAUAAAAACAAGGGACCCAACAUGAUGACCGGAAACAUGUUCAACAUGGGAGUCCCAUGGGGGACUUCAAUGCCAGGUUUAGGAAAUUCUAACAUGCUUUAUCCAGCUGCCACAAUGACUGCGCUCAACGCAGCUCGGGCCAACGCGGUCAAUAGAUCAAACUCAGUCAG